AUGGGACUCUUUAAUAAAAAACAAUCACAAGUUAAAGAAGAAGUUCAUGAACUUAGUUCAACUGAAAAAUCUCAAGAUUUGAAAACAAAUUUCCAAAGUACAAAUGAUUUAGUUUCAUCAAAUGAAGAAAUUAUUGAUUUAGAUCAAUCAAGUUAUGUAAAUUCAGAAAAUUAUUCACAUGAUGUUCAAUAUCCAUUAGAAUCUUAUUUAUAUUAUGCAAUUUUAGAACGUCGUAAAGAAUUUCAAGAAAGAAAAUCAUCAACAGUGGAUAGAUUAUUAGCCAAAAUUGAUGUUGAUGAUUCUGCUCAUGAAGAAAGAAUCCCAUUAGAUGCUGCUCCUCCAAAGAAUAAUGCUGAAAGAGUUGCCAAAAUGGCAAGUUGGUGGUCAGUUUUCUAUUUAAUUACUUCCGAUAUCUUGGGUCCAAGUUCUUCACCUUAUGCCUUUUCAACAUUAGGUUAUGGGAAAGGUACAAUCAUUUUUUUGGUCUUCUAUGGUGCUGCAGUUUAUUGUGGUAUGUUAAUUUGGAGACAAUUUAUGGAUUUAAACUCAGAAGUUCAUCCAGUUAGAACUUUUGCAGAUUUAGCUUUUAGAAUUUGGGGUAGAGCUGGUAAAAUUUUGGUUAUGUUAAUGCAUGCAAUUUAUUUAAUUUUAGCAGUUUCUUUAUUAAUUUUAGGAUCUGCUCAAGGGUUAUCACAAAUUAUUAAAGAUAAAUUUUGUUUUAUUGCUUUAGCUGUUUUUUUCAUGUUGGCUGGUAUUUUAUUAGGUCAAAUUAGAACUUUAAAACUUUAUAGUAUCUUAUCAAGUGGUUCAGUUUAUGCAACCAUUACCCUUUGUAUUUUAACAAUGGGCGGUGCUGCACAUUCAGCUCCAAAUUUUAGUGCUGCUUUCAAGACAAAUGAUGUUGUUAAAGGUCCUGUUGAAACAAAAGCUUUCAUUGGAGGUGGUACAAUGGAGCAUCAAUUAGUUGGUGUUAUGAAUAUUAUUUAUGCUUAUGCCGGUUCAAUUAUGUUUCCAGAAAUUUUAGCAGAAAUGCAAAGACCAUGGGAUUUCUGGAAAGGUGCAUUUUUAGCUCAAACUUUGAUCUUUAUUGCUUAUUUAUUCUUUGGUGUUUUCGUUUAUUGUUUCCAAGGUCAAUUCACUAUUAAUCCAGCUCAUCAAGGUAUUACCAUAUAUGGUUUACAAACAGCUUGUAAUAUCAUUAGUAUCAUCACAGGGAUGAUUGCAGCUGGUCUUUAUAUGCAUGUUGGUUUGAAAUCAAUGUAUAAAAACAUUGUUGUUGAUAUUUUUAAAGGUCCAAAUAUUGAUGUUAGAAAUGGGAAAUAUAUGUGGGCAAUUUUUGCAAUUGGUUAUUGGAUUGUUUCAUUUAUAAUAUCAGCAGCUGUUCCACAAUUAUCAAAUAUUGCUGCAAUUUCAGCUGCUGCUUGUGCUUUACAAUUUACUUAUUCAUUCCCAGCUUUAAUGACUGCUACUUUACAAAUUAGAAAAGAUUCGUUAUUAGGUGAUGGAUUAUUUGAUCCAAAGACUGAUAGAUGUGAACGUUCAGAUUCAUGGAAAGAUUUUAGUCGUUGGAAAAGAGGUUUCUUUAAACAAUGGCAUUGGAAUACUUUUAAUAUUAUCUUGGGUCUUGCUUCAUUAUCUUUAGCUGGAUUAGGUCUUUGGUCAAGUAUUGAAAGUAUUAUUUCUACAUUUAAAAGUGCUGGUGCACCAUCUUCUUUUAGUUGUAGUGCUCCAGUUUGA